UCCAGUGCUAAAACCUAAAGGAAAAUUGAAGCAGUAUAAAAUACAAUUUUAAAAGCACUGAGACAGCAGUGUCAUAUUCCCAUAUAGAUCAACGUCUUCAGAGGGAGCUGUGACGUUACCGCCUGUCCGCCGGCAGGUGGCGGUGUUGCGCUGUACUGUCUCCACUUGUUAUCCCUGUUGUCCUGGAUGGAGCUGCUGCUACGUUAGCUUAGCUAAUUUAAACUCUCCUGAGUGUGUCAGUGUGUCGGUGUCGGUUUGUUAUCAUGAAGUAGGACACGGACUGAACUACAGCGGUUAAAACUUUGGAAACCUUUAAUUUAAACUCCCUGAAACCGUCCGAAGAACUACCGGAGUAUAAAAAGUGAUUCCUUUGGACAGUAACCGGGUCGUAAAUGAUGAAGUAUGUGUAACGUAAACCUGGGAUAUAGCUGCGUGCCACACCGACCGAGCUUUCGUGUUCACCGGUUUAUCCAGAAGUUGAGUUCCCAGCAGUACCAUGGAUGCUGAGGGAUAUAAACAUGAUGCACACUAUACAGAAGCAGAGAGCCGUUGGCAUGUGAGGCAGAGAUCGGAGGAUCUGGAUCAGAGGAGCAGAGAUGGCGAGGGCUAUAAGCUGGUGGAUGUAUUUCUGUCAGGAGGAGCACCAUGGGGAUUUACACUCAGAGGAGGACUGGAGCAUCGAGAACCUCUGCUCAUCACCAAGGUGGAGGAAGGCAGCAAGGCAGCAGCUGUGAGUCUCCAGGUGGGAGACGAGCUUGUCAACAUCAACGAGAUUCCCCUGAGUGGCUACAGACAGGAGGCAAUCUGCCUGGUGAAAGGCUCCCACAAGACCCUCAGUCUGGUUGUGAAAAGGCGGAACGAACCCAUAAGCAGGCCUCACUCCUGGCACUCCACCAAGUUCAACGAGAGCCAAUCAGAGACUGCCAAAACACAGUCUCCACCCACGCAAGUCUGGCACACCAGAUAUGAUGCAAGCUCAUCCUCCACUGAUCUCUCCUCUGGCUGGGAGCAAACAAACCUGCGCAGAGUGUCCGACCAGUUCAGCUCUCUCGGCAGCAUGGACAGUCUAGAGCAUGUCUCACACCCGUACCCUGCCGGUCAGCUGUCACCUGCCAAGUCCAACAACAGCAUGGAGCAUCUUGGAGGAGGGAAACGAGACUCAGCCUACAGCUCCUUCUCCACCAGCUCUGGCACGCCAGACUACACCCUCUCAAAGAGCAACGCUGCCUCAACAGAGAAUGUGCUCUAUAAAGUCAGUCAGUGGGACGCAGGUGGAAAGCCUAACAAUGGCAGAAACAGCCAGAGCCUGAUCGAGGGAGUCAAACAGGACGACAGGGUGGCGUAUUUCCAGAUGCCAGGAGUCAACUCAGGCUGCGCGGGUCCACAGGCUGAGGAUUCAGCCGGCUCCCGCCACUCCACUUCAAGUAGGACCAGCUUGGGACCUGUUUGGCACGUCCCUGAAAAAAAGAAGACUGCGUCCCCCUCUCCUCCCCCUCCCCCUCCACCUGCACGCAGUGACAGUUUUGCUGCAACGAAGGUACAUGAAAGGGGGCUCAUUAUAGCUCACCCUGAAGGACCUGAGUCACACGCACCCUCUAAGAUUUCCACGGAAAAUCGCCGCAGCCACAACCCAUCCCUGAAAAAUGACAGCGAUGGUUCUUACACUUCAUCUGAUAAAUCAAAUCACAACCAGUUCAGCUCAAACAAGCAGUACUCCCUCUCCAGCAGUGAUGUUCGGCAAGGCCAGCCCCACCAUCAAAGACAACAUAGUGACAAAAGCACUUUUUAUUCUCAGCCCUGGGCGAUGUCUGUUCCAAAGCCACAGAACGUAGGUGGCUACUAUUGUAGCAUGCAGGAACUGCCAACAAACGGUUCUGCACAGCACUUUGGUCAGAACCAGAGAAGGAACGUAAGCACCUCCCUGUCAACCACAGCCUCUGACCAAAACACAGACAGCAGCGGACAUAGCCGAUACUACUGUGUCACAACAUGUCAGCCCUCGCAGCAUAACCCCCAGUCCAUGUCGGGAAAGUCAGAGGACAGGAAGAGUGUCUCGGGCGUGGAGCUGGCACAGACUGGAAAUGAGCGUAACUCUCUCAGCCCGCAGACGGUCACCAAAGUCAAGUAUCAUCUGCCCCAACAGCAGCAACACUCCCCUCACAGUAAAGACAGUAAUGGAUACAGCAAACACCAAGUUACUACUGUACUAGAAACCUCCAAAUCCAGCUCUGAUGAUAGGGGAAGUCAGAGAGGACAAAAUGCAGGGGCUCAGUUCAUGAGUUACCCUCCCAGCAGACAUUCUGAUCAGCGGAGGUCCCUGUCACUACAACAGAGAGAAUCACCUCCAGACAUGAGACAUCACAGCCAAGGGAGCAACAAGAUCUGCCCCCAGGCGACCCCCAUGCUUCACUCUCUGUCCCUGGAUGCUGCAGGCCAAGAUGAGAGAACAAGAGGCCCAAACUCUGAAGAAUCCAUUGAAAGCAAGCAGAUGAGACGCAGUGACCGUUUUGCCACCACAUUAAGGAACGAAAUCCAGAUGAGAAGAGCGAAGCUGCAGAAAAGUAUGAGUGCAGCUGCUCUUCCUGGUACCGAGGGCGAGGCUGAAGAUGAUCAGGAUGUCUGGAAGUCCCCUGAAAGCACCACGCCGACUUCUGCAGAUGGCUCCUUUACAAACUCCUACAAAGAUAAUCUGAAGGAAGCACAAGCGAGGGUGCUGAAGGCUACGUCUUUCAGGAGAAAAGACUUGGUCUUGGUGGAGCACCCUGCGGCUGAGGCCUUACCUAGCUACCCUUCAUCAGGGCUGGCCAGGAAAGAUGUCACCCCUCUGCCAACUGUCUCGGAGUCUGUGAUGAGUAAGUCAGGGCCUGCUGCUGGUCAGGUAGCUCGCAUUGGUGGCCGCAAGCGUUUCCCUGCAGAAAAGAAGGUGCGGUCUUUCUCUGAACCAGACAAAAUCCACGAAGUUGGGGUGAAGGAAGAUCUCCCUCGCAAUGAAAGCUCCUCACUAGACCAGCAGAAGCUCAAAGAAAGCGUAAAACCAGUUUUUCCCAAUCACAUUCCCCCUCAGAGCUACACCGAGAACCCCACAGAGACAAAGACCCGAGGUGUUGCCUCUGCCAGUGAAACAGAGGACACAGUGAAAGGCAUCAGGGGCAGAGAGUUCACUGAAGAGGUCCAGGGAGGUCCCCACUCUGCAAACAAGCAGUUCCUCCCAGACCAGCAAAGACUUGGCACCUUCGCUGAGUACGAGGCCAGGUGGACUAUACAGAAACCCCCUCCAGAAACAAGAGCCUCUGGACGGUACCGAUCAGCCGAUAACAUCCUGGAUCCAGGACCAGAGGAGAGAAACAAGAACGCUUGCUUCCACGAGAGAUCCCGUUCAUCUCCUUCAGCUGACUUCUACGGACAGAAGAUUCAAGUUCCCGCAAGACGGUCUGAGACAGAAUAUUCCCAGACAGAGAGUAAACCUGCUGAACCGCUCAGCACUGCCACAGGGUUCUCUGACAGAGGCCUUGGUGACUGUAAAGUGAGAGAAAAACCAGUAGAGUUUGAGCAUUACCCAGCGCCACCCCCUCCGCCCAUGAACCUAGGAAGCAACCCUGACUGCAGACACAAAGCUGCCACCGUGAACCACAGACCUACAUCUAUCUCUCACAGUCUCAUAGAGUCCACCCUGCCUCAGCCUGAGGACCACAGCCACGCCGAGCCGCCGUCUGGGCCGAGGAGGAAGCCCUCUGCUCCGGAGAAGCCUCCCCCACCCAAAUGCCCAGAGGUCGACUCCCACGAGUUCUUCACCGGUUCCCAGAGUGAAGUCUUCACCCACUGCUCUCCAAACGCUGACCCUAACUCCGCCUUCGUCCCCACCCACUCUGCAAAGGGAGAUUCAGAGCAGGGCAAAGGACUUGUGGACAAAGGACAAGGGGUAGUGCACCAUCUAUCAACAUCGAAUCCUCAGCCUGCCUCGUCUCCCCCGGCUUCCUCCUACAGAGCUGCAGGGCCGGCCACUAUGGAGGGGCAGCGCUCGCCAUCUCCACAGUUUUCCCCACAGAGACUCAGCGACAAGCCUCCGGCCUCUCUACAGGAUGAAGACUCAAACAGGAUGGAGCAUGUGAUCGAGCACCACUCUGCAGGGAAGAAAGUGCCCAUCAGGAUUGUCCACACCGAGGGGGUCACAGAGAAGGAGAAUUGUCCAUAUCUGCAGCACAGUGACCCCCCUGCUCUCGAAGCUGAGGGUCCUGGUGUGACCAGGCUCGGCAGUCUGGGAGCUGCAGGGCAGGACUCAGUCUUCUGUGCAUUUACUCGGCAGAGGGAGCCCGACAGCGUGCCGGCCGUCCAGACAGACCCAAAGCCCCAGAGAGAUACAUACAUGACCACUGUUGGAGAUCAAAUCAGCUUCCACAGUCAGCAGCCGCCACAGCUCGCUGAUGAGCCCAGCAGCACCAGGGUGACGGUAACCACAGGGCUGUCUGACGAGGACCAGAAGAGAGAGGAGCUAGCCAGGGACAUCAUGGGCAAGGAUAAGUCACUGGUUGAUAUUCUGGACCAGAGCAAGAUGAAGACCACCAUGGACUUGAUGGAGGGAAUCUUCCCUCAGGGAGAGCAGCUGUUGGAAGGUGGUCACCAGCGCAGGAAGGUGCCCACGAAACACGCGGUCAGCCGCCCUGCUGAGGAAAGGGAAAAGGAGGACAGUUUGGCAGCCGUUACCAUGGUGACCAGCUCUACCUAUUACAGCACAUCUGCUCCCAAAGCUGAGCUCCUUAUUAAGAUGAAGGACAUGCAGGAGCAGGUGGAGGAGGAAGACUCGGAGGACGAGCUGGACAUUGAUCUGGCCAAUAAGAAGCAAGAGCUGAUCGACAGCCUCAGCAAGAAGCUGCAGGUUUUGCGCGAGGCCCGGGAGAGUCUUCAGGAGGACGUCCUCGACAACAACGCUCUGGGAGACGAGGUGGAGGCCCGAGUCCAGCAGGUGUGCAAACCCAACGAGCUGGACAAGUUCAGGAUGUUUGUAGGGGAUUUGGACAAGGUGGUGAGUCUGCUGCUGUCCCUGUCGGGCCGACUGGCCAGAGUGGAGAACGCCCUCAACAGUCUGGAGGAGGACGCCACUGCUGGGGAGAGGCGUACAUUGAUUGAGAAGAGGAAGCUGCUGAUUCGACAGCACGAGGAUGCAAAGGAGCUGAAGGAGAACCUGGACCGUCGGGAACGCGUGGUCUACGACAUCCUCUCCAACCACCUGCCGGAGGACAGCCUUACAGACUACGAGCACUUUGUCAAGAUGAAGUCUGCGCUCAUCAUCGAGCAGCGCAAGCUUGAGGACAAAAUCAAACUGGGCGAGGAGCAGCUCAAGUGUCUGACGGACAGUCUGCCCAUAGAGCAGAGGCUCGCCUUGUGAAUAUGCUGGACACCGAUUGGCUCUGAAACAGCCUCAUGAUUAAGACUUGUUGCUCCAAGUUGCAGUUGAGCCCUGUGUCCAACAGAGGGAGACAGAGAUGAGGAAUCUGCAGAGACAAACAGGCAUGUUUCAGUUCUGUGGUGAAGCCUCAGCACGUCUUCCUCCUUCACUUCUUCUGCCACAACACCACUCAGACUCACAGCAUCCAUCAGUAACUCCUUUGUGAAAGAUGCUGCUUUUCCUGGCAUCACCCAACCACUGUAUCUAAAGUCUUUCAUGCCAUUUUUGCUUUGUUUUUAUUUUUAUGUUGUUUUUUUUAGUAAUUUAUUGUAGCCUUUUGAAUCUGCGCAGGAGGGGACAGUAUUUUAUCUUCAGCUGAUCUGAGCAGCCAUGCUACCUGAUGUGUGGCACACGCUGAGCAACUAGGAGUAUUUAUCAUGUUUGAAUAAUUUCACAAAUCCUUUUUAAACAACCCGUCAGAUCUGGCCGAAUAUUUCAGUAAACUCAAAGGUUUUGUUAACAUUUAUAUAUAAACUAGUGGCCUUUUACGAAGAUUUUGUGUCGCGCUUUCCUCACUGAAGAAACUUUUCUUCUGCAGUAAACAGACAGACCAGUUGCCACAAGAAAAUGUUGUCAUUAAAUGUUUCUGCAAGCCACGAUAAAGUUAUAUUUGCACUUUUCAUACGUAUCAUAUCAACAUUUCAAAAGUGACGCAGUAUAAGAACUGAUUGUCAUGACACCUGCCAAGCUGCACACCACUGUUAGAGACCAACAAACAACAAAACCAGAUGUGAUUUAACGAGUCAUUUAGGCACUAAACUCAAGUGUUUAUUAGCGAGCUCUCAUUGUUUCUCCAGCACAGACAGAACCAUCAAAACGGGGUAUUUUUAUGCUUCAUUCACAUGCUCCUCGAAUAUAGAGUUUGGAAGUGGUUCUUCCAACUUUGGUGUGUUCAUGAACAUGAACAUGGACGCUACAAAGAAGAUGUUCAUUCAUUUUCCAUACCCGCUUAUCCUGUUAAGGGCCGUGGGGGGGCUGGAGCCAAGAGGUGGGGUUCACCCUGGACAGGUCACCAGACUAUCACAGGGCUGACACAUAGAGACAGACAACCAUUCACACUCACACCUACGGACAAUUAGAGUCACCAAUUAACCUGCAUGUCUUUGGACUGUGGGAGGAAGCUGGAGUACCUGGAGGAAACCCACGCUGACACGGAGAGAACAUACAAACUCUGCACACCCGCACCCUGGGUUCGAACCAGAAACCCUCUGUGCCGUGCCUGCGGUGAUAGCGCCAUCAAAAGCGGUUGUUUUUUACCUAGACAUUGCUACAUUUCCAGCAGGAAUUGUGCCCCCAAAAUCGUGUUUUUAAAUGCUGCAUUCACCUGCACCUCAGAUGGUCCCUUUUCCCUGAGUUGGAAAGUGGUUCUCCCAACUUUGGUGCGUUCAUGAGUUUGAAACAACAUGGACGCUACAAGGAAGACAUGUUGUAUUAAAUUGUGCAGAGCGUUUAAACAACACGUUGAUAAGUUUCAGAUUACAGAGUGAUUUUGUCCCAGACUUAUUGCCGCACCAGUACAUCCCCUGAAACUACUAAAAUGUUGCUUUACCCAACCAGCGCUAAUACAUAACUUUUCAAACUGAUCUAGGUCCCUCCACACAGACAGCAGCUCACAGUUAUAACCUGAUACCACAUUACAAAUUACGUAUGAGCAAAAAAUAGCAUGCAGUAUAACAUCAACUGAACAUCUGCUUUCAUCCACCAUGUUUCUGCAUAUAUGAUGUCAACCUGGUAACGUCUGUACCAAAACAUUCACCAGAUUUCCAAGUUGUUUUUCAACUUCAGGUGGCGCUCAUGUAAAUUUUCCAAGUGGGGAACUCAUUUCUCCCGUUAUUCCGACACCAUAUGAAUUCACUGUGAGCCAAAACAUGAUCUUUCCUCUCGUGCCUAAACCUAACCACAUGUUAACAAAAGUUUCAACAUAUCGGCAACAUAAUAACGUACAAAUGUUGCGUAUCCAUGGUUUGCAGAGGCGCACAAUGCCAGCAUCUUUCCUGGUGAUUUGGUUGAAACAAUAUAAAACCAGUGAGGUGUCAGUGCAGCAGCAGCCGUGUGAAUGUACCUGCAAAGAAAGAGAGCACUUGUCCAACUUCACCAAGCAGAAGCACUUCACAUCCAGACUUUAACUCAAGUGAAUCCACGUUUGAAGUGCCUGGGACGUCACUGCGAACACUGCCCGGUCUCUUCAUCCACGUCUGCAUGUUGCUGCUCUGUUUUAUUCACAGCCAGGAAAAAAAACUUUUUAGAUAAUGAUAUUUGCCAUGAAUAAGUUGACCAAGUGUUUCUGUAUUUUGUCUUACUACUUCACUGUGUUUUGUUUUUCACGGUGCAGAUGUUGAAUGCUUAGUUACCACGGUUGUUACUUGACUUCUAGAUAAAUUUCAACACUAAAAAUUGUUGCGGUUGAUCAUUUUGCAACCAAAUAUGGAGUCAUUCCAAAGCAUUGUGACCAGCUACGGCUUCAGUCUGUCAGAUGUCUAAAUGUCAGACUGUAUAGAUUGAGUCAGUCUCACAGAGGUAAACCCUGUUGGAGGAUGUUUGUUGUGCACAUUUGUUACAGUUUGACACGCUUCAUGCACUGCUACAGCCCAGCUCUUAACACUUUACCAGCUGCGCUCCUUUAUAUCAAAUAAAGAGUCUGCUGAA